AAAUGCUGUGGGGGAUGAAAUGCUGAAAACGCACCGGUUUUUACAGUUAGAACAUGUUACUGAUAAAUUUUUGUGGGAAGAUCAACCGUUGUUGGCGUCAACCUUAUUCGCAUCAAAUGAGCAUUUUCAAAGUCGAAUCGAACACUAUAAAAGGAAGACAAGCUAGUUUAGGAAUCCUUGGUGCUGGAAAAGCCUGAGGGAGCAACGACGAUGACGAUAACCACUCUACCCUCCACUCUUCCGUCGCCUCCGCCGGUCUCGGCAGUCCCUGAGCCUCACGCUCGCCCCCGCCAAAAUGAACAAUCACUCGCCACAGAACACUCGACUCCUGUAAUCGGGUCGCUGAAGAGCUGCAAGAGCCUGAAUGAAAUCUCACAGUUACACUGCCACAUGACAAAGAAGGGCCUUUCGUGCAGCUCCUCGGCUGUCAGUAACCUCGUCUCCGCAUGCACUGAGUUGGCCACUCCCGAGAGCUUGGCCUAUGCUCAGAAGGUGUUCGAACAGUACGCUGAAAGCCAGGGUGUUGAUGAUGGGUCGUUGUUUACGUAUAACUCGUUGAUUAGAGGGUAUUCUCUGUUGGAUCUGGGUCAAAAUGCGAUCUUGGUGUAUGUUCAGAUGGCGGUGAAGGGUGUAGUGCCUGAUAAGUACACCUUUCCGUUCGUGUUGAGUGCUUGCACGAAGAUUAAUGGGUUUGCGGAAGGGUUGCAGGUCCAUGGAGCUGCAAUUAAGACGGGUUGGGACGGGGAUGUUUAUGUGCAGAACUCUCUCAUACAUUUCUACUUCGAGUGCGGGGACAUGGAUGAUGGGCAGAAGGUGUUCGACGGAAUGGGUGAGCGAAAUGUCGUGUCCUGGACUAGUUUGAUUUGUGGUUAUGCUAGAGGGGAAAAUCCGAGGGAAGCUGUUUCACUGUUCUUUGAUAUGGUGGAUUCGGGUAUUAGGCCGAAUUCUAUUACUAUGGUGUGCGUGAUUUCUGCAUGCUCGAAGUUGCAGGAUCUCUCACUGGGGAAGAGGAUAUGUGCUUAUAUUGAUGAUCUGGGUGUGAAGCUUCACACUCACAUGGCGAAUGCUGUUGUUGAUAUGUACAUGAAAUGUGGAGCUUUUGGUAAUGCAAAGCAGAUUUUCGAUGAAUGUGAAGAUAGAAACUUGGUUCUGUAUAACACUGUCAUGUCAAAUUAUGUCCGUGAAGGGAUGGCAAGAGAAGCAAUUAAUAUACUGAAUGAGAUGCUAUUACGGGAGGGGCUGCGACCUGAUAGGGUUACGUUGUUAUCUGUAGUCUCAGCUUGUGCACAUUUGGAUGAGCUUGCUCUAGGUAGAUCCUGCCAUGCUUAUGCUUUGAGGAAUGGACUAGAAAGGUGGGAAAAUAUUUCAAAUGCGAUGAUCGACAUGUACAUGAAGUGUGGAGAAACAGAACUAGCUUGUAGAGUUUUUGAUUGGAUGCCAAACAGAACGACAGUCUCGUGGAACUCAUUAAUAGCAGGUUACAUCAAGAAUGGUGAUCUGGAGUCAGCACGGAAAAUUUUCUUAGAGAUGCCAGAGAGAGACCUCGUCAGUUUGAAUACUAUAAUUGGUGCCUUAGUACAAGAAAGUUCAUUCGAGGAAGCGAUAGAACUGUUCCGAACAAUGCAGAGGGAGGGAGUUAAACCUGAUAGGGUGACUUUAGUAAGUGUUGCAUCUGCUUGCGGGUAUUUAGGAGCCCUUGGUCUGGCAAAGUGGUUGUACCGAUACAUAAGGGAGAACGAUAUCCACUGUGAUAUGCGACUUUCUACAGCCCUAGUCGAUAUGUUCGGUAGGUGUGGGGACCCGCAGAGUGCAAUGCUCGUGUUUGACAAGAUGAAGGAAAGGGAUGUCUCUGCAUGGACUGCAGCAAUCGGUGCUAUGGCAAUGGAAGGAAAUGGCCAGAGGGCAAUGGAACUUUUCAAUGAAAUAAUAAGGGAAGGAUUGAAGCCCGAUGAAGUGCUAUUCGUUGGGCUCCUCACAGCUUUAAGCCAUGCCGGAAUGGUGGAAGAAGGAUGGAGUGUCUUCAAAUCUAUGGAGGAAAUCUACGGAAUCUCUCCGCUGAUUGUUCACUACGGGUGCAUGGUCGAUUUGCUGGGUCGAGCUGGGCUGCUCGAACAAGCACUAGAUUUCAUCAAAGGCAUGCCGUCUGAGCCCAAUGACGUGAUUUGGGCUUCUCUUCUAGCGGCAUGUCGGAAACACAAGAACCUUGAGAUGGCAGCAUAUGCUACUGAGAGGAUAAACGAACUGAAUCCCAAUAAGACUGGGAUCCCUGUUCUUCUCUCGAAUGUAUACGCAUCAGAAGGAAAAUGGUCAGAUGUUGCCAAGGUGAGGCUUCGGAUGAAGGAGAAGGGGAUCCAGAAGGUGCCUGGGUCAAGCUCGGUAGAGAUCAGUGGUAUGAUUCACGAGUUUACUUCAGGAGACGAAUUUCAUCCGGAAAUGAGACAUAUUACGAGGAUGCUUGAUGAGAUAAACUGCAGGCUCAGGGACACCGGUCAUGUCCCUGAUCUAAGCACUGUUCUGCUCGAUGUCGAUGAGCAAGAGAAAGGGUUCCUCCUCAGUCGACACAGUGAGAAACUCGCCAUUGCUUAUGGACUUAUAAGUACAGGCCAGAAGAUGCCAGUUCGUGUCGUGAAAAAUCUUCGAAUAUGCUCUGAUUGUCAUGCAUUUGCUAAGUUGGUCUCAGUAGUAUAUGAUCGGGAAAUUGUUGUAAGAGAUAAUAAUAGGUUUCAUUUUUUCAGACAGGGGCUGUGUUCUUGCGGGGAAUAUUGGUGAAUGAAAUUGCAUUUCUUGAUUUUCGCAA